UAAACUCACCGAAGCUGCAAAUCUGAUCCCUCCAUCUCACUUGCCUUUAUUCAUCCUCUAUUCCUCUUCAUUCAUCAAUCCCACCUUCUUCACCCCCCUCAUGGCUGAUGCCCUCGUGUUUCUAUUGUGCUGGAACGCUUAACUUCCGUUGUUGAACAGCAUAUUCAUGAAGGUGUGGUCAUACAGAAAUGUCAUUUUAAAGUAAUCCGUUCAUACCUUUCUUCCAUUCUAUUGAAGGGAACAUAAUUAAGCUCGCCAAAGCUCCACAUCCUUUCUCUCCAUCGAUCUUAGUUGUAUCUGUCCAUUACUUUGAUUCAUCAACCCCACCUUAUUCAUCAACCCUUAUGGCGGAUGCUCUUGUUUCUAUCGUGCUGGAGCGAUUGGCUUCAGUCUUGGAACAACAGAUUCAUCAACAAGUUACACUGGUGGUGGGUGUCGAAAGCGAGGUGGACAACCUAAAUCGCAAUCUCCAGACCAUCAGAGCUGUUCUUGCAAACGCAGAGAAGAGACAGUUCAGCGAAGAAGUUGUAAAACUUUGGAUAGAAAGGCUCGAGGACAUCUCCUACCAGAUGGAUGACGUGGUGGAUGGGUGGAACACUGCUCUUCUCAAAUUACAGAUUGCAGCUGAAAACCCUGGCAUCCCUAAGCCCAAGAUAAGUUCCUGCCUUCCCUCCCCUUUUGUUUGCUUCAAACAAGUUUCUUUGCGCCAUGAUAUUGCUCUUCAGAUUAAGGACAUAAACAAACAACUACAUGCCAUUGCAAAUGAGAGACAUCAGUUCAAAUUUGUGUCAAGUAGUACCAUCCAGCAACCACAGAGUCGUAUCACUAGUACCAUCCAGCAACCACAGAGUCGUAACACCAGUUCUGUAAUUGAUGUUAGCCAGUUCUGCGGUCGGGAUGCAGAUAUAGACGUUAUAAUAGACAAGCUGUUGGGUGGGAGUUCCCAAGAAGGCUCCUCCCUCUACAUCAUCUCCAUAGUUGGGAUGGGAGGGAUCGGCAAAACAACUCUUGCUCAAUUAGCAAUCAAUGACGAUAGGGUGAAGGCCUAUUUCCAUGAAAGGAUGUGGGUCUGUGUGUCUGAUCCUUUUGACCCAAUGAGGAUUUCUAGGGCUAUUCUUGAAGCCCUCCGGAAAGAGUCUUCUGGUUUCGAAAAUCUGGAAGCUUUACAACAAAUAAUUCGCACACUUAUUGCCGAUAAGAAGUUCCUACUUGUGCUAGAUGAUGUUUGGACUGAAAACUAUAUAUUGUGGGAACAAGUAGAGAGUUCUCUCAAGGGUGGGGCACCGGGAAGUAGAAUUUUGGUGACCACACGAAACGAAAACGUUUCUACAAUGAUGGGAACCGCGUACAAGCACCCCUUGGGAGAAUUGUCCAAGGAGCUAUGUUGGUCAUUGUUCAGUAACAUAGCCUUUAAAGGAAGGAGGAGAGAAGAAGUUGAAGAACUAGAAAACAUUGGCAGGAAAAUAGCAGACAAGUGUAGGGGCUUGCCUCUUGCUGCAAAAGUUUUAGGGGGUCUCAUGCGCUUAAAAGGUGAUAAAGAAGAAGAUUGGGAGAGUAUUUUGAAUAAUGAAAUAUGGCAACUUGAUGUGAUUGAGGAACGUCUUUCCCCUUAUUUAUUGUUGAGUUAUUAUGAUUUAUCCCCUGCUGUUAAACGCUGCUUCUCAUAUUGUGCUGUCUUCCCAAAAGAUCAAAUCAUUGAGAAAGAUAGAUUGAUCAAGUUGUGGAUGGCAAAUGGCUAUCUCAAUUCUAGAGAAAGUAUGGAGAUGGAGAAAACGGGUCGAGACUACUUCGAAGACUUGGUGUCACGGUCACUUUUCCAAGAUUUUGAUAGAGAUGACGAGGGCAACAUAAUAUCGUGCAAGAUGCAUGAUAUAGUGCAUGAUCUUGCCCAAUAUUUGACCAAGAAUGAAUGCUUCAUUCUGGAGAUUGAUGAGGAAAACAAAGUGAGGAUGGCUUCCUCCUUCCAAAAGGCUCGUCAUGCAACCUUAAUUGGCAAACCAGGGGCCCAAUUUCCUAGCACUUUCCAUAAUUUGAAAUAUCUGCACACAUUGUUAGCUGCAUGGGUGGUCGAUUUUAACACUACUGCUCAACUCCCACCUAAUUUAUUCAAACAUUUGGUAUGCCUUAGGGCAUUAGACUUAAGUGGGAAUCAUUUUGUUGGGGAACUGCCGAGGAACUUGGGGAAAUUGAUACAUCUGAGGUUCCUUGAUCUAUCAUAUCAUUCGUUUGACGGGGAAUUUCCAGAAACAAUUUGUGAUCUAUAUAAUUUGCAAACUUUAAUUCUUUCAAAUUUGAUAGUAAAACUACCUCGUGGGAUGAGAAAACUAAUUAACCUGAGACAUCUUGAAUGGGACAGCAGCAGUCAAGUAUUGGAGUUGCCAAAAGGAAUCGGGAGAUUGACCUCACUUCGGACAUUACCUGCGUUUCCUAUAACUUUUAGACGUGAUGCAUGCAAAAUAGGAGAACUGAAAAACUUAAACAGCCUCAGGGGAGGUCUUGUGAUAAAUGGGAUAGGUGAUUUUGAAGAUGCAGAGGAGGCUGGCAAAGCAGAAUUGAAGAAUAAGAAACACCUCCAUCAUUUGGAACUAAGUAGCUUUGGGGGGCUUGCCUCAGCUGCUUCAAAAGGUGUGGUUGAAGCUCUACAGCCUCAUCAAAACUUGAAGUCUCUAAAAAUAAGUUAUUACUUUGCUGCCACCGAGUUCCCCAGUUGGAUAGCGGCCUCAUCGUUGCCCCAAUUGAAAAAGCUUGAAAUUGUGAGUUGCACACAGGUUACAUGUUUGCCUCCAUUGGGGGAACUACCUCUCCUUGAAAUCCUGAUAAUAGAGGGGAUGGAUAGACUGAAAUACGUGGGUGGUGAGUUUUUGGGAUCUUUACCAACUGCAUUCCCAGUGCUGAAGCACCUCAGUUUUAAACAAAUGUUUGAGUGGGAAAAGUGGGAAGUAAAAGGAGAAGAAGAAGAACGGAGGUCAGUAAUGCCAUAUCUCCACUCCUUGACCACAUAUAACUGCCGCAAGCUGGAAAGCCUGCCCGAGCGCCUUCUCCAGAUAACUACACUACAGAAACUGAGUAUCCACCUCUCUCCUGCCACCGAGUUCCCCGGUUGGAUAGCGGCCUCAUCGUUGGCCCAAUUGAAAAAGCUUGAAAUUGUGCGUUGCGCACAGGUUACAUGUUUGCCUCCAUUGGGGGAACUACCUCUCCUUGAAAGCCUGAGAAUAGAGGAUAUGGACAGACUGAAAUACGUGGGUGGUGAGUUUUUGGGAUCUUCAACAACUGCAUUCCCAAGGCUGAAGCUCCUCCGUUUUAAUGAUAUGGAAGAGUGGGAGAAGUGGGAAGUAAAAGAAGAAGAUGACGAAGAAGAAGGGAGGUCAGUAAUGCCACAUCUCCACUCCUUGACCACAUAUAAAUGCCCCAAGCUGGAAAGCCUGCCCGAGCGCCUUCUCCAGAUAACUUCACUACAGGAACUGAAUAUCAUCGGCUCUCCUACUCUGCAAGAUCGUUACCAUGAGGAAACAGGGGAGGAUUGGUCCAAAAUAUCUCACAUCCAGAGAGUGCUAGCUGGAAAUGAAGAAUUCGACUGUGAAUUCCGUAGGUUUUCUGAUGAAUCCAUGUGAAAUAACGAUGCAUGUGUACCAUGAUAUCCAAACUCUGGCAAGUGGUCCAAAGCUGAUUAAUUUAUAUACAGAUAUUUUUCCUUGUACUACUUCUCCAUAGUUUCUUUGUAAUGAACUCAUUGCCUGUUAUCAGGUUUUGAUCAUGAAACAAACUAUUAUGUAUAUAUAUGUUUGAAUAUUGGAUUGGGCACAAUUACAUUAA